AUGAUAUUAAUUCAUAGAACAGAUAUUGAAUUAUGUUUUAUUAUAGUUUCUACCUAUGAGGCUAAAAAUCUUAUUGCGUUAUGUCAUGAAAGAAAUGACCCGAAAAUAAGUGUAAUACAUAUUGAUGACGUGAAUGAUCCUACCAUGAUUCCAAAAAAUGCUAUUCAAUUAAGAAAAGAAGAAAUCAACAGUGGUAUAACUGUUAUUCGAUUAUUUAAUGGAGAUUGUCGUUAUAAUACAGAAGAAAUUAAUGUGAUAAAAAAAUGUGUUGCUUUUGUUGACAGAACUUGUCUUCAUCAAAGCAAAACAAUAUCUGAACAAAUUUAUAGUGAACUUGAAUCUAGACACUAUAUAGUAAACAGUUUUAUGACUUAUAUAUUAGCGUCUAAAUUAAUUGAUCGAAACGAAAAAAUCUUACUAGAAAUAGAAAUUAAUUAUGGAAUUGAUCUUCAAAGUUGGCUUCAUUCAAUUAUCCAUGAAAGUAUUGCAGAUGACGCUGAGAGUAUUUGA